UAGAAUUUUUUUCGACAUUUGCAUGAUGCGUUGAAGCGACGCUAGCAGUCAUUCGAGUGAGCAAAAAGUUCAAAUAAAAGAAAAAAAAUCAAAAGCGGACGCAUGUUGCAAAAAUGUUGCAUCUGCACGCUAGUGCAUAAUUGCGUCACGAUAGAAAUGUUACAUUUUCGCUGAAGAGAUGCGCGUGUGUUUCCAUCUGCGUGAUUUGUUCGCAUCGCAUGAUUGUUGUAGGAAGUCUCUCGUUUUUUUUUUUUUCCUCUUUUUUUCUCCUCCAGCCGGGCUAUUCAAACCUGCAGAUCUAAGUAAACAAUCAUUCGCGCACUUAAUGCAAAUAAUGCGGCGUUUUACGCGUCGCUCUUUUCAUCUGAAAUCACACGCUUUAUUUUUGUGGCUAAAAUUUUUGGGAUCUGCAGAAUAUGGCGCCCUGUCCUUAUAAAAAUAAGACAGGCUGCCAUUUUUGUUUUCCUUUUGUCUGAAAUUUUUAAUAAAACUGUCUGAGAAUGUGGGAGAGGCAGACACCGGGGACCUGGACUUUCAGAAGCCACGAAACGCGUCCGUUCGCCUCCGUUAUUUUGCGACUGUUUUUAAUUUGACGUUUGAUCAAAGGCGACGUGCUUUAAUUGAGAAUAUUUUCAAGGAUGCGGAUAGAAUAAAAGAAAAAGUUGAAAUGGCAGAACCUCGAUUUAAUAAUCCAUACUUCUGGCCUCCUCCACCAUCUAUUCCUGGUCAGUUGGAUAACCUCGUGCUGAUCAACAAGAUCAAAGAACAGCUCAUGGCGGAGAAAAUCAGACCUCCACACCUGCAGCCCACUUCGGUCCCUUCCCAGCAGCCCUUGCUGGUGCCACCCACGGCCACAGAAGGUGGGCAGCACAAUAUAUCAACGCCUAAGCUGCAGCAGAUGCCGGGCCUCCAUGCUCACAGCACCACCCAGCCCGACAUCGCCCUACACGCUCGACCCGCCUCCAGCACCGUCGCAGGUCGUAUUCUGGGUGACGUAAACUUGAAUCUGGACGAUAAAACAGCUAUUAAAGCAAGAGGAUUGUGGGAAGACUGGCAUUUGCGGCAAAUCAUAGACCAGCCAUCCAGAGCGAAUCAUCUGUCAGGACUGUCGCUGACGUCUUCUCGAACUGCCAACCACAACACAUCAGAGAGCGUGACGCUGAGCACCCCAACCACUCCAACCACCAGCAGUCAGACGCGUCAGGGAGGCGCUCCUUCCCCACACUUCAUCUCAGGACUGUCUGGUGGGCCAGGGAUGGACAUUAUCAAAAACAGCGGAGGACUGGCAGGACUGCUGGGUCCUCCUCCGAAGAGCAUAGGACGAGGUCGCAAAAAGAUCAAAGCCGAAAACCCCUCUGGGCCGCUCUUAGUCGUUCCCUACCCAAUCCUGGCCUCUGGAGCCGACCAAUCAACUGUCAGCAUCACUGCCAAAGAGGGCAAAACCUACAGAUGUAAAGUGUGUCCGCUGACGUUCUUCUCCAAGUCAGACAUGCAGAUACACUCCAAGUCCCACACGGAAGCAAAGCCACACAAGUGCCCUCACUGCACCAAGUCCUUCGCCAACGCAUCCUACCUGGCCCAACACCUGCGCAUCCACCUGGGAGUGAAGCCGUAUCACUGCUCCUACUGCGAGAAAUCCUUCCGCCAGCUCUCACACUUACAGCAGCACACCAGAAUCCACACAGGUGACCGGCCAUAUAAAUGUCUCCAACCAGGCUGUGAAAAGGCCUUCACACAGCUCUCCAAUCUGCAAUCUCACCAGAGGUCACAUAAUAAAGACAAGCCUUACAAGUGCUCCAACUGUUACCGUGCUUACUCUGACUCCGCCUCCCUCCAAAUCCACUUGUCGGCUCACGCAAUCAAAAACGCCAAGGCUUUUUGCUGCAGCAUGUGUGGACGAGCCUACACCUCAGAGACCUACCUUAUGAAACACAUGUCUAAGCACACGGUGGUAGAACAUCUGGUGAGUCAACACUCACCACAAAGGACCGAAUCGCCCAGCGUUCCCGUUCGCAUUUCCCUCAUCUGAGCACGCUGGUCCUGGACCAGCCCACGGUCGCUCAGUCUUUCCAAACCUUGGCAUAAGCAAGCAAAAUCGCCUGUUCUCGGUGGUUUGACGUUUAUUUUUGUGUGUGUGAGUGUGUGUGUGUUUGUUAGUUUGUUUCGGUUUUUGAGAACAUUCCAACAUGUAUUAGACUGUGUGGAUAGAGGCUCAAACACAGCAGCGCUUUAGCAAGUUUCUAUUACACACAUUCCUCUUCUCCGACUCAUUUUUGAGUUGAGAGGGAAUAAUCGGGAAAUCCAAAGAUGGUUUCACAGCACUUUCAGGCCACACAGUUUUGGCUUUAAAUGUUUCUGGUCUGUUACGACAAUAAAGGCAUUGCUCUUGGCAGCUAAACGUUUGGGACUGUAGGUAUUAUGCAUUAUAAAAUCAGAAGACGUACGUUGUAUGUUUAAAGCUUGGACCAAGUCCAGUACCUCCUCUCAUAUUUUUCUAUGCUGUCUGGGGAAAAAGAAAAAUCCCCUUCUUUUGGGCAACUCGAGUCGGUUUAGAGACCAAUGGUCUUGUGUUUUGGUAAUGUCAAUCAUAUUCAAUAUUUUUCUUUCAUAUUAAAACAUUUCCUCGCUUGUAGGGAAAUCUGACUGAAAAUAGCUUUAGCAUUAAAUGUUAACUUCUCAAAAGGACUGUUAUAAAUCUGACUUUAUAGACAAAUCAGCACAUUUAGAUGUUUGGGAGAUUAAUCCUUUAGUGCUUUACAAAUUCUUGUAGUCUGGUGCCAAAAAUGGAAUUUGAAAAUGGUUUUCAAAAGAUUCUGAUGUUUCAGAAUGGACACGUAUAGUGUUUAAAAUGAACACUUUAAAAAAAGUGUGCCGAUUCAAACCCCCUGCGUUAUGUUACGAUUGUCAGCAUGCAUUUGACAUUCUAGAUGGGUGAAAACUUCCAAGAAAUGUUCAAACUUUUAUAUUUUGAAUAAAAGAAAAUGAAGGCUUUUUAUUUUUUGCAUAAGAGGUAUGUCUAAACUACAAAUCUGUAAGAUUUUUAAUGUUUUUUUAAAUAAGUUUUUAUGCUCAUCAAGGAUGUAUCUAUUUGAUCAAAAAUACAAAAAAGUCAUUUUGUAAAAUAUUAUUUCUAUUUAAAAUAAGUUUACUGUUUUAAUAUACUUUAAAAUGUAAUUUAUUCCUGUGAAGCAAAGCUGAAUUUUCAGCAUCAUUAUUCCAGUCUUCAGUGGCACAUGAUCCUUCAGAAAUCAUUCUAAUAGGAAGAUUUAUAAUCAAUGUUGGAAACAGUUGUGCUGCUUAAUAUUUUUGGGACUUGUGAUACUUUUUUACAUUUACUUUGCAUUUACAUUUAGUCAUUUAGCAGACACUUUUAUCCAAAGCAACUUACAAAUGAGGACAAUGGAAGCAAUUUUUCAGGAUUCUUUGCUAAAUAAAUAGUUAAAAAAGAACAGCGUUUAUUCAAAAUAGAAAUUUUGUGUUACAAUAUACACUACGGUUCAAAACUUUGGGGUCAGUAAAUUUGUUCUUUCUUUUUUUUGUUUUAAGAAAUUAAUAUUUUGGAUAAAACGUGAUAGAAAGACUUAUAUUGUUCGAAAAUAAUACUAUUUUGAAUAAGUGCUGUUCUUUUUAACUUUGUAUUCAUCACAGGUUCCAAAAAAAAUAUUAAGCAGCACAACAGUUUGAUAACACUGAUAAUAAAUCAGCAUAUUAGAAUGAUUUCUGAAGGAUCAUGUGACACUGAAGACUGGAGUAACAAUGCUGAAAAUUCAGCGCUGCAUCACAGAAAUAAAUGAUCUUAUAAAGUAUAUUAAAAUCGGAAACCAAUAUUAGAAAUUGCAAUAAUAUUACUGUUUUUUCCUGCAUUUUUGAUCAAAUAAAUACAGCCUUGAUGAGCAUAAGAUGAAGAGCAGAAGAAGACUGAUUCCAAACGUAUAUUUUAAUAUUAGUAUUAAUAUUAUAUUAUUUUUGUUUUGGGUGAAUUGUAUGGAACAAUCGGAAAAAUGCAAAAACAAAAAAAUCUUAUUGGUCCUCAGAAAAUAGGCUUCAUUUUCUAUUGUUCAAAAUAUAUUUCAGUGUUUUUUUUUCUUUUGAUUAUGGGGUGAAAUAUGACCUGGACAUGUUCUUGUGAGAUUCAGCCGUUAUAAAUUUUACACAGGCGAGAACAAUAUUGGGGAAAAAAGCUGUAGAGUUGCCCAUGAGAUUUGUGUAGCUGUAUCAACGUCUAGAAUACCUCCUCGGCUUAUUAUUCAUGUUUAUACUUAUUACCAUGUUGAAAUAUUAACAACUAACAUGUUAAUUUUACACAUUUUAAGCCUUAACCAUUUUAUCACUAGUUGUUUACCAUUACAUUUUAUAUAUAUUUUAUACCAUAUUGGUGUUUACUUGUGUACUCAGUACUUUUCUGUAAUUUUAUUUCCUAGCAUGAACAUGCUGUAAAUAAACUAUACAGUACUUAAGUGUUAACCAGUUUAUAUAAAAUGACUACAUGUCUAGUUAUAAUAAAAUAUACCUUUUUAAUUGUCUUCAAUUGUGGUACUCUAUAAGGUUUGCCUUGGCUGCUACAUGCAAAGUCAAGACACGGAGAGGGAACAGACUUUGUAAAAGUAAGCAAAUAAAUAAAUGAGAAAAUUC